AUGGCACAGGCAGGUUAUGAUGAGCUGCCAAGGCACCCCCCACACUGUGCAAAUCCCCAUGCUGCGUCGGACUGUUCGCCUUCUCCUGUUAGCUCGUCAGCUCAGUCUCCGGUGAACGUUGGAGCCGUCCGACCCAGUUCCGCAUCGCUAUCAGACAGCAACGAGGCAGAUACUGGCAAGGGCCCAUCUUCUGGCCCACAAAGGUCAAAAUCCAUCAGCGGCGUAGGUGCCAAGUGGGAAAGAGAGAAGCGAAAGCGUUCACGUGUCACUCCUGAACAACUUAUCCAUCUGGAGCGCUUCUUUUCGAUGGACAGAAGUCCCACUGCAGCGAGGAGGAAAGAAAUCAGUGAUUUGCUGGGCAUGCAGGAACGACAAACACAAAUAUGGUUCCAGAACAGACGCGCAAAGGCCAAACUGCAAGAUGGCAAGAAGGGUCGAGGGGACGGCGCUGAAACCCCACCGGAUACCCCCCCGGAAUUGGCAACCGGAUAUGAAGCAGAGCUACACAGCCUCAUACAUGAAGACGAACCUGUGACCAUUAUUCCCUGCAACGAUUUGUCGAUAGGGACGUGGCGUCGCAUUGCGACAGCCGUAGGGAAGCACGAUCUCGUGGCGUACCUGUGUGACAGCAGGCGCUGUUUAACGUGGUUCAUCCACUCCGCGGGUUAUGGCUUCAAGAUGGAAAUUCCUUUCGACAUUAUCGUCGAUACAGAAUUCACAAACGCAGCGCCAGGGUCUGGACUGGCUUCAUUUAUCCUUUCACAACCACCAACCUUUUACCUCGAGUCUUUUUCAACUCCUGGGCCUGGACAGGCACCGGGGCAAAUUCGGCAAUGGAAAAAAUGUGCGGAUUGGACAGAAGGACAACAAGCUACAAAGAUUCUGCGUCAUGACUUGAUAGGUUCGGCGGUACAGCUUGCACACCUCCUACGCCACCUGAACGCCCAUGCUUCUGGGUCGGAUAUCCGACUUCAUUCACCAUCUUACUACUCUCAGGAGCCAUCGCCACUUCUCAUGGAGGUCCCUCAACCUCCCAUGGCUAACUUAGCAGGGCCUGCAUACCCCUACGGCGGAGAUGUUAACGACUCUAGAAGGGUAGAACACCCUGUCCACAUACGAAGAAGAUCCUUUUCGGGUGGUGGCGUGCGAUUGAGUCAUAUGCAUCGGCCUGGUCAUCAGUCUCUCGCUGUGGACUUGCCUGUCAACCCGACACCAGGGCCGCACUCAGCGCCAUACGGUACAUCCUUCUCACCAUAUUCCAGCCGUAAUCAUCCAUCCAUCCACUUAUCGUCUCAUUCGCCCAUGUACUCGGAAUACGGGAACUCCGUGUCAACGCAUAGUAUAUCGCAACAAUCUCAAUCCCCUGUCGACUACGGUCCAGAUACCCAGAGCGUCCCCCCGCGUUCCUAUUCAUCCGCCCCAGUUCAUCAAAUGUAUGAUGGCACUAUGUCGAUGGCUUCUCCGUAUUCUAGCAGUGGACCCACCCCUAGUUCCACUGCCCAGACACCAUUCGCUUCCCCUUCUCCACCAUUGCUAACGACUCCAUUUUAUCCUCACACAAAUGACUAUAGCACACGGGGCUGA